GUGCUACUGUUAAACAAGGCAAGAAGAAGAAAAAGUUGGUAGGUAGAACAUACAGAAGUGGGUGAAAAGUGAGAAUGGAAGAGUGUUGUUCAAGCAAGAAGAGGGCAUGGCCUGAGAAUUUCAUUCGUUUGGUGCUUUCUUGGACCCUUGAAGACAUCUUUAACGAGAAUCUUUACAGAGAAAAGAUGGUGAAGAUUCCAGAGUUAUUUCAAUCUGUGGAUGAUUAUCUUGGUUCAUAUGUCUUCCCCUUACGGGAAGAAACACGCGCUGAACUUAAAUCUUCCAUGGAUGCUAUUAAUGCAGCACCUUUUGCAGAGGUGAUAUCUCUUAGAGUGGCAAGUCCUGAGGAUAAGGAAUCACUUCUUUACGAUGUUGAAGUCAAUAGUUGGAAAAAUAGAUUUAUGGAUAGCUGUAGUAAGCCAUAUAGAACCUUGCCUGGAGAUGUUGAUUUGCUUUCAAAUGGGAAACCUUCUGCGGCUGCUGACCUACAGAGUUCUGGAUGGAAAUGGACUAUUGCUUAUGUGACUCAUAUUGCAAAGGGGGAGAAUGAUAAUAAUGGUGUGUUUGCCAAUUUCGAAGUGAAAGCCGGGAAGUGUUUUGAAUAUGGAGAUGGAUUGUGCAAUUCACUCUAUGUUGUUUUCUUGAUGAACACAACAACAAAUAAAAGAAUAUGGAAUGCAUUAUGCAAGUGUAAAAAUCUCAACGUCAUCGAAACUGUUUUGUCCACUAGUAAUCUGUUUUAUAUGCUGUCAAAUUUUUAUACUUUGUUCCACUGUAUACCUUCAGAAAAUUACACAAAUUCAGUUGCUAAAGAUACGUGUAACGUUUGCUCUCAACGCGGUACUCAACUAAAUGUAGCAACAAGAUCGACUGUAAUGUCCGAGCUGAAUAAAUCGCAAAAGGAGGCAAUAGUGGACACCAUUACGGGAGUACAAUGUGAGCACAAGUCUACUGUGAAACUCAUAUGGGGUCCUCCCGGGACUGGGAAGACGAGGACUUUAAGUGUAAUGCUACUUUGUCUCUUGCAAACGAAUGCUAGAACCCUUAUAUGUGCCCCAAAAAAUGUAGCAGUCACAGAUCUGGCCACUCGAGUGGUAAAAUUAUCUAGGGAUUCAUUUAAAGCUGAUUAUCUUGCAGAGUGCUUAUCAUCUGCAUUUGGUUGGAAACACUGUAUAACUUCCAUGAUCUGUUUUCUUGAAUGUUGUGUUUCGCGGUACCGUUUCGAUGGGGAUGAAGUCCAUAAACCAGAAUCAAGAUCUUUGUUGGAGUUUGCUAGAGACAGAUUCAGACAUAUAGCAUUCCCUCUCAGAAGGCAUAUGCUGACAUUCUUUAAUCAUUUACCUAGAAAUUUCAUUGGUGAACAAAAUUUUCAAUACAUAGUGCAACUUCUUUCCCUACUGGACUCUUUGGAAACAUUGUUGUUUCAAGAGAAUCUGGAAUCUGAAGAACUGCAACAUAUAUUUUUACAUCAGGGAAAGGUUGGUUCUUUCAAAUCAUACCUCCAGUCUUCUUCCUCAAAACUUGACAUUCCAAGUGCCAUGAGUAAAGAUAAGAUAAAAGGAUUACGUUUCCAAAUGGCUACCUUAAUAUUUUGCACAGCUUCUUCAUCUUCUAAGCUACAAUUGGUGGAUAAGAAACCUCUCAAAUUGUUAGUCAUUGAUGAAGCUGUUCAAUUAAAGGAGUGUGAAUCAAUUAUCCCCCUUCAACUUCACGGACUGAGGCACGCUGUUCUUGCUGGAGAUGAAUGGCAAUUACAAGCUACAGUUAUCAGCAAGGAACCCCAUUUAUCUGCGUAUAUAUUCUCUGUAUCACUUCACCAUGCCAUGAAUGAUGAACGAUCAUCUUUUCCUUUCGAGUGUGCUUUAUACGGAAAAUUCUUUUUGAUAAUCUUUUACUUCAUUACGAAGGAAUCCCAUUUAUCUGCGUAUAUAUUCUCUGUAUCACUUCACCAUGCCAUGAAGUUUCAUGCUUGCAAUAGUUUUGCACUUAGAGGGUUUUUGUAA